GUUACGUAAAUACGGUCUACGGCAGCUGUUGUGGGCCAAUAUUCACGUACAAUGUAAAUCAGUACAAAAUGCGAAGCGGCAUGUGAAUGUUUGAGGUUGUGUUUGUGCUGUUAGUCACCUUUAAACGUUAAAAGCACAAUGAAAGGUGAAAGUCUUUGGGGAACGGCCCUGAUGUCGUGAUGUGGCGCGGCCGGUUAACGGCUGUUAGCAUCGUUCAUUCCGCGGGAAGCUAACCUAGCUGAGGUUACUGCUCGUUAGCUGAAUGAACAACAACGUGAACUUUGUUCAGUUCAGACGGAGCUCACGUUAGCGGAGCUUAACUUCUCUGCUGGUGUUUAAGUAGAAGCACUCCGCCUUUAGCUCUCUCUGAAAGUUUAGAUUAGUAGUUAGCUUCCCCCUCUUUGUUGUUAGCCAGCCGAGCUAGCUUAGCUGGGUGCUAGCAGGCUAACGCUAACUGGAGAUGGAAGAGGAUCCUUUAGAUCCGCAAGAAGUCGAGCGGGCCAAAACCUUCUGGGCCGGGGAAGACGUGGAUCAGGUUUUUAAUGGAGUAUACGCAUAUCUGGAUUACCUGAAGAGAGUCCUGAAGAAGAACACAGCGACCGAUAAAGAAUAUGUUCAGGCCUUCAAGCUGCUGGAGUCUCUGGACUGCUGUCCUCCGGCCUCCACGCCGGACUCGUCUGUGGUCCAGGUGGUCAUCGGCUCAGUGUCUUCCUGUCCAGUGGAGCUGCUGCUGCCGUCCGAGUUCUCCCACCACAGCCCCUCUUCCUCCCCCUCUUCCUCCCCCCUGCUGCCCUUCAACGGGCUGUCCAGCUCUGCAGCGCCCCCCGCUGGCAGAGAGGAGCUGCUGCCUCCUCUGACCCCCGUCCAGCUGCAGUACCAGCCCCACCUCUGCUGCAAGGCCUGUCUGUCCAGUUUACCCAGCAUGCCUCACUCCACGCCUCUCUUCUGGGGUGAGAACCCCCUGAAGGUCCCGCUGCUCUGCGGCUUUAAGAGGCUGACCGCCGUGCCGCUGAUGUCAUCGAGGGGGGUCGGGACCAGUGACGCCGAGGGGGCGGAGUUUUCGGUCUCCGAGGACGUGGAGGACUGGGACGUCGUCUACAAGGCGCCGUGUGGACUGAGCCUCCGUAACCACGACGACGUGAUGCGUUUCCUGUUGGCCACAGAGAGCUUCGACGUCCUGCAGGUCGACUUCUUCACCUUUAACCCAGCCGUUGAGUUGGACCCACCCCUGGCGACGGGCCCCCGGCGGCCGGAGCUGGACCUGAGUCGGGGCGUGGAACCCACACCGGUGGAGCUGUGCGCCGGGGAGGGCGGCGCCCGGCCCGCCGACUUCCGCUACAGGAAGGAGCGCUGGCCACACGGCUGCUUCCUGAGCCGCGGCCCGACGCUGUUCGACGCCUGCUGCGACUGCACCGACGGCUGCACCGACGCACAAAGCUGCGCCUGUAUCGCCAUGACCACAGGGGGGCGCCCUUACACCCAUCACAGGCUGAAUGAGCCCGUACCGUCAGGACUCUACGAGUGUGGUCCGUGGUGUGGUUGUGAUCGGGCUCGCUGCCAGAACCGGCUGGUCCAGAGAGGGAUCAGAGUCCGCCUCCAGGUCUUUCAGACCGAGGGCCGCGGCUGGGGCGUCCGGUGCCGCGACGACCUGGACCGCGGCACGUUCGUGUGCAUCUACGCAGGUGUAAUCCUGCGGAGGGUUCAGAGUCACGCCGAGCCUCCGCCACCGAAGCUGACGAGGGCGGACAUCCCCUCAGACGACGAGGUGGAGGUCGUCACUGAGUGGCUGGCCCCGCCGGUGCUGGAGGGGCGGAGCACCCUGCUGGAACUGCCCACCUCGCACGUCACGGUUAUCCAGAGAUCCGCCGACACCAACGCCACCGCACCACAGGAAAAAGACAAGGUUCUGACGGUGUCGGCAGGAGGUCCGGAGCCGCCGUCUCCUUCGGCAGGUGACCGGUCUCCAGCUCAGCAGAAGAUUGCCGUGACAGCAGCCAGUCCUGAGGAGGCGGCGGCGGUCCAAAGCGUGAACGGUACCGAGACGGAGGCGAACAGCUUCAACAGUUUAAAGAGAACGAUGAAGGUGGAGGACAUCACCUUCCUGGACGCCAGCAAGGAGGGAAACGUGAGCCGCUUCAUUAACCACAGCUGCCAGCCAAACCUGUUCAUCCAGAACGUCUUCACCGACUCCCACGACCCCGGUUUCCCCGUCGUCGCCUUCUUCACCAGCAGGGCUGUGAAGGCCGGCACCGAGCUCACCUGGAACUACUCCGCCGACACCCAGAGGAAACAGGAAGUGCCCUGUCUGUGCGGCAGCAGUGGUUGCCAAGGACAUUUUAGCCUCGAGGAGACGCUGUGUGACAUGUGUGAGGUCGAAGGUGAAACACAGUAAUCCCUCCACUGGGCCCAGACACUAUUAAAAAAAAGUUGCUGUAAUAAAACUGUUUCUGUAGACUUGUUUACUUUUCUAAAUAAAUGGACUCACUUUGGAAAA